AUGAUAAGUCUAUCUGUUUAUGUGAUAAAAGGGCAGUUCGAAGAAUCACAAUAUAUUAGGUUGAGUAAUAGAAUUAAUUCGAAUAACGAGGGUAAUUUAAAUACUCAGUUUAUAAUCAAACUAAUAAAGAAUUACAUAAGGAAUAAGAUUUCUCAUAUUUUGAAGUGCUUAAUUUAUUAAAAAGGGAUGGAAAGAAUGUAUAAUAAUAAUAUCAAUUAAGUUUAAUUAUUUUGCUCCUACAUAUUUUACUUAAAGUGUUGAAUCGGUUUAGUCAAUAAAAUUAAGAGAAUUUAUAAGUCUAAUGA